CGACAUUAAUCCCUGCACUACAAAAAGCUUGGUGCCGCUGGUCCUGCACACGGGCGCCCCACACUUUGCCGCCAGCGACUUGACGUCUCACACAGAUCGUCCUGACCCACGCGUGAAGAGCAGCAGACAUGGCUGUCGUCAGUGGAACUUACCGCAUGGUGUCGGAGGAGGAGCAGGCUCUCCGGGCCAAGCUGGAGCGCCUCACCGUCAAGGACCACGGUCCAGUGUUCGGACCCAGCCCCAGCCUGCCAGACCACACCCGGCAGAAGGCUAAAGACGAGCUGAACGAGACGGACGAGAAGCGCGUGUCGGCGGUGAAGGAGCUGCGAGACAUCAUGAAGGAGAAGGCGGACGCAGGGGACGAGCUGGCCAAGGGGGUGCAGGACACUUUUGGGGAGAAACCCGACAGCAUGCUGGUCCGCUUUAUCCGGGCCAGGAAGUACGACGUGCCCAGAGCCUAUGAUCUCUUGAAGGGUUACGUGCGCUUCAGGAAGGAGUACCCCGAGCUCUUCGAGAACUUGACUCCAGAGGCCGUACGCAGCACCAUCGAGGCCGGCUACCCCGGCAUCCUGCAGAGCCGAGACAAGUACGGCCGCGUGGUUCUGCUCUUCAACAUCGAGAACUGGGACUACGAGGAGAUCACCUUCGACGAGAUUCUGCGGGCCUACUGUGUCAUCCUGGAGAAACUUCUGGAGAACGAGGAGACUCAGAUCAAUGGCUUCUGCAUCAUUGAGAACUUCAAGGGCUUCACCAUGCAGCAGGCGUCCGGCAUCAAACCCACGGAGCUCAAGAAGAUGGUGGACAUGCUGCAGGACUCGUUCCCGGCUCGUUUCAAAGCGGUGCACUUCAUCCACCAGCCGUGGUACUUCACCACCACCUACAACGUGGUCAAGCCCCUCAUGAAGAGCAAGCUGUUGGAGAGGGUCUUUGUGCACGGGGACGAGCUGGAAAACUACUACAAGGAGUUCGACGCCGACAUUCUUCCCUCAGAGUUUGACGGAAAGGCGGCCAAAUACGACGGCAAAGCCACGGCGGCCAAGCUGUUCGACUAAACGCUUCUUUUUGUUCAGAGUCCCAUUAAAACUCCAUAGACUGCU